UGUAUUUCACAGCCACUUUCCCAUACCUCGUCCUUUUAAUCUUGUUAAUUCGUGGUGUAACUCUAGAGGGAGCGAUGGACGGCAUUGAGUUCUACAUCGGUACAAAGUCCAACAUGACCAAACUGGCUGAUGCUGAGGUUUGGAAGGAUGCAGCUACUCAGAUCUUCUUUUCUCUUUCCAUUGCUUGGGGUGGUUUGAUGACUCUGUCCUCUUACAAUAAGUUUUACAACAACUGCUACCAAGACUCCAUUAUUGUGUGUGUUACAAACUGUGGUACCAGCAUCUUUGCUGGCUUCGCCAUAUUUUCUAUCCUUGGGCACAUGGCGCAUGUCUAUCAGAAACCAGUGUCAGAAGUUGCAGAUGCAGGUUUUGGCUUAGCCUUCAUUGCAUACCCUGAUGCCCUCUCUAAGCUGCCCAUAUCACCCCUGUGGUCAAUCUUGUUCUUCGUCAUGCUUAUUACCCUUGGCUUGGACUCCCAGUUUGCAGGAAUAGAGGUUAUCAGCACUUGCUUUCAAGAUGCCUAUCCCAAAGUUCUGAAGUCCAAACGGGGACUUGUUACGACAACGGUCUGCAUUGUUCUUUUUCUGCUUGGCUUGCCAUGCGUUACUGGGGCAGGGAUAUACUGGGUGAAUUUAUUGGACACAUUUUCUGCUGGAUGGAUUCUCCUGGUUGCUGGAUUACUGGAGGUCUUGGGUUUAUGCAUCCUUUACGGUGGUAAUCGUUUCAUCAAGGACAUUGAGAUGAUGAUUGGGUCCAAGAGCUCCCUCUUCUGGUUAUGGUGGAGAGCUUGCUGGUUCUUUAUCACCCCAGUGGUUCUUUCUAUUAUUCUUGUAUGGUCUUUGUAUACUUAUACGCCCCCUACAUAUGGCUCAGUUGCAUACCCAGAUUGGGGCAUUUCCCUGGGCUGGUGUAUUACUGCAUUUUGCCUCAUUUGGAUCCCUAUUCUUGCGACCUGGAACGUGUACAAAGCUAGCGGAGGCCCCUGGCAGCGUAUCAAAGCAGCCUGUUCACCCAGAGAGGACUGGGGUCCUUACUUGGAGUGUCACAGAGGAGAACGUUACGGUACGAGAGACGUGGCUGAUGCAAAUAUAUUUGUAAUCUCGAAUAAAUUCACUACUAGGUUGUAAAAAAUGUUUAACAUAAUCAUAACAGUAUGUAACUUAACAUAGUAAGUAAGAUAACUUAACAUUUUAAUGUAUAUACUUUUAAUCCCUUUGUUUGAAUUAAUUGCAUUCUAGUUGAAUUUGUGUGGAUUUUAUUUUUAUGAGACGUUUUUAUGUUUACUUUUAUCUUUUUAGUUGCUCUUAAUGGAACAUGUACCAUUUAUGUUUUAAUGUCCAAAUUGAAAUGUAAUAUUCAUAUUCUAUUAAUGUUCUGAAUACUACGUAUAUAACAAAUAUUUUAACAGGGGUUUCAUGCGAUACCUGUCCUAACUGUACAUGUGCAUCAGAUACC